UAAAAUUAGUUCGGGUUUGGUGAUCGUGUUGAAAUGACAAUUAUCAAAUCUAAUUUGACGAGUCAGUAGAAGUCGCUACUCGCUAGUGUCUGUCCGGAACGGGAAGCCCCGCUCGCUAUCUAUCCCCUUUUGUUGUACUCCCAUUCCCAGAAAUAAACACAAUUUCGAGUUCUAUAUACACUGUUGUUACCAUCACCAUUUAAUACUUAGCAAACCCACCUCGAUCUAAUAAUCAACCAUUAUUUUCACCAUUCAUCUGCCACAUCAUGAAGCUUCAACUGCGAAUCUUUCUCGUUUCUCUGCUCCUCGUCUUGCUCGUUCCAUCCUCUUCAUCAUCCAAACCCAACGACUCAUUUCUCGGAAUCCCUCCCGAAGAUGCAAAAUAUUAUAAAUCUCCCGAUGUAAUAAGAUGUAAAGAUGGAUCCAGAAAUUUCAACAAAGAGCAGCUCAAUGACGAUUUCUGCGACUGCCUCGAUGGCACCGACGAACCUGGUACAUCAGCAUGUCCGCGUGGAAAAUUUUAUUGUAGGAAUACUGGACAUUCUCCCGUGUACCUGUUUUCAUCUAGAGUGAACGAUGGAAUUUGCGAUUGUUGUGAUGGAAGCGAUGAAUAUGAUGGCAAAGCAAUAUGCCCAAAUACCUGCUGGGAGGCUGGGAAAGUUGCUCGAGAUAAGCUCAAAAAAAAGAUUGCCACAUAUCAAGAAGGUGUCAAAUUGCGAAAGCAAGCAAUUGAACAAGCAGAGUUAGCUCUGGAGAAGGACGGGGCAGAGCUUGAAAAAUUGAAAAAAGAAGAAAGUAUACUUAAAGGGGUUGUGAAACAGCUAAAGGAUCAUAAAGAACAAAUAGAGAAAGCAGAGGAGAAGGAACGUUUACAGAAGGAAAAAGAAGAGAAGCAGAAGAAGGAGGCGGAGGAGAAGGCUAAUGAAAAAUUAAAUAAAGCUGAUGAAGAAGAUACAGGACAUGAAAAUGAAGCUGGAAAGCAUUCACACAUUGAAGACAAUGACGUGGCAAGUAACCAUGAUAAAGUUGAAGUUCAAGAGGAUUCUCCUGUUGACCAGGAUGAAGCUGGGGAAAAUUUAGCAGACACACUUGAUAAUUUUGUUGAAGCCACUGAUACCCCUGGAAGUGAAGGAUCUUUGCUUAAUGAAGUGGAAGAGAAUUCAAAAGAAGCUGAGAGAGAACCCACUGUUAUAACUGAAACUGAUUUAUCAACUGGAAAGACAGAGUCUUCUGAUGAAGUCAUCAAUACGGGGAAAGAUGUAUCUGAUAAUACUGAUGGAUUAUCAAAGGAGGAAUUGGGCAGGCUUGUUGCUUCUCGUUGGACAGGAGAAGAUGCUGGUAAGAAAAGUGCUGAAGCUGACACUGCAUUAGACAAUGAAGAUCAGGAAGAUAUUCCACACGGGACAAAUAAAGAAGACAAUGAUGGCUAUGCUUCUGAAACUGACGAUGACAACCACAAAUAUGACGACGAAUAUGAAAAUGAAGAAGAAUUUCGAGAGGAUGAGCACGACGACCUUAGUUCCUCAUACAAAUCUGACACUGAGACUGAAGACUUGUCAGAUAUUAGCACAACAGAUGAUCCUUCUUGGUUAGAGAAAAUACAGAAAUCUGUAUGGAAUAUUUUUCAGGCCGUUAAUAUAUUCCAGACACCUGUGAACCAGUCAGAUGCUGCUCGUAUACGCAAGGAAUAUGAUGAAUCCAGUUCCAAGUUGUCUAAAAUACAGUCUAGAGUAUCAAGCCUGACACAAAAACUAAAAUAUGAUUUUGGCCCAGCAAAGGAGUUUUAUUCAUUCUACGGUCGUUGCUUUGAGAGCAAGCAGAACAAGUACACUUACAAAGUCUGCCCCUAUAAGCAGGCUACUCAGGAAGAGGGCCAUUCCUCCACCACUUUGGGUCGCUGGGACAAAUUUGAGGAUUCAUUCAAAGUAAUGGUGUUUUCUAAUGGUGAUAAAUGCUGGAACGGUCCUGAUAGAAGUUUGAAGGUCAAGCUAAAAUGCGGGUUGACGAAUGAGAUUACUGAUGUAGAUGAACCCAGCCGUUGCGAGUACGUAGCUUUAUUAGCUACACCAGCCCUUUGUCAGGAAGAAAAGCUGAAGGAGUUACAACACAAGCUAGACUUACUGAAUUCGGAACAACCUGAAAGCCGUGAUGAGUUGUGAAAAAUCGGAUGGAGUUUAAUAGCUAGUAUGAAGAUCAUGGAGUAACUGAAGAAAUGGCGCCCGUAAUUUUUGUAUACUAGAGCUUACCCAAUUUGAUAUUGGUUGAGGUUAGCGAGGGCUAGGACUAGGAACAGGUUUGGCUUGGGGUUGGGAAUCCUUAUGGCUCGUUCGGCAACAUUCUGAUAUGACUAAUCCCUUAGCACAUUUUUCUUUUAUUAAAAUCACAAUGACUACCUGGUUUGUGGCUCUCCUUCUGACUGACCAUUCCGUGUUCAAAGCAUGGAUCCUUAUAUGAUGCAAAACAUUAGACGGCUAGAAAUUCUAAAAUCAAAUUUUUGUUACAAUGAGUUGACAUCGUUAUUAAUUUUAGAUGGAGAAGUGUUUUGAACAACCACCUUA